AUGAAAGAAUACCAAGUUAUUGGCCGUCGUUUGCCCACCGAGAACGUUCCUGAACCAAAGUUGUUCAGAAUGAGAAUCUUUGCUCCAAACGAAGUGGUGGCUAAGUCUCGUUACUGGUACUUCUUGCAAAAACUUUACAAGGUCAAGAAGGCAUCUGGUGAAGUUGUUUCCAUUAACCAACUUCACGAAAACCAUCCAGGUAAGGUCAAGAACUUCGGUAUCUGGGUUAGAUACGACUCUAGAUCUGGUACUCACAACAUGUACAAGGAAAUCAGAGAUGUGAGCAGAGUCGCCGCUGUGGAAACUUUGUACCAAGAUAUGGCCGCAAGACACAGAGCUAGAUUUAGAUCUAUCCACAUCCUAAAGGUUGCUGAGAUUGAAAAGACCGCCGAUGUCAAGAGAAACAACAUCAAGCAAUUCUUGACCAAGGACUUGAAAUUCCCCCUACCUCACAGAGUCCAAAAGUCUACCAAGACUUUUGCUUACAAGAGACCAUCCACUUUCUACUAA